AUAGAAUUUAAGUCCUGUACUUAAAUUCAGUUAUCACGGUGCGCUGUACUAUUACAUUGGUUGGUUAUUAGUGAGUUUAAGAAAACUCAAAUUUCAUUGGUGGUUAGUGAACCAUACAAUUUGACGUCACGAUCCUUUUUUAAUUCGGGUCCAACAGGAGAGGCUGCUUUUAAAAUAACUUGUUGUUAUCAGAGGAAAAUUUUAUUCAACAAAAAAUUGUCAGGGAGUAUUUUAUGUUAUAUAAUAAUUUUUGAAAGGAAUUGUUAUAGCUGUACGCACAUUAACGAGGAUUCGUGCAAUAAAAGACAAUAUUGACGUUAAUUAUCCAAAAACAAGGAUACCUGUACAUGUGUAUGGCGACCACAUGGCUGAAAUCAAAAAACAAUUUUUUUUUUUUUUCUCUUUCAAAGUUAAUUUUAUGUAAUUUUCUUUAAGUGCCAACAGUUUGGUUUAGAUUUGAGUCUCUUUCCACAGGGAAAAAGUAAAUGUUUACUUUGAAACAAGGAUGCAUGUAACUGACCUAGUGAAGCACAUGGCGAGCACAUGGUUUAUUGAAUUUUCUUUCAAUGUUUUUUCGUUGCCGUUGCUAAUUUUCAAAUAUAAUAAAUGGUAAAUAAUGCUUCUUGGUAACAUGUUAGGACUACCAGAAUUAGCAAAAAUAUUCAAGUUAUCUGGCGAGUUGAAAUAACCUUUCGUGUGUUGGUUUGCGAACUUGAGCCAUGGCAAAAUAUUCAGUUCGUUGAUUGUGUCCAUUAUCAGGUGAAAGGAGAAUAUCAUCGCGGCUACACGCCCACAUUAAUGUGUUUUAAUACUUGAAUUUAUAAGACGCGUCCUGGUCCGCAUACUUAAUUUAGUUAUUGUUUAUUUACACACUUAAAUGGAAUGUACCCAUAAUGCUUUGUAUUGUUAUUAUAUAUGUAGUUCGUACCGAGUUCUAUCACUUAAAAGCUGAAGCCAACUUUAUACAUGGUGUCAGAUGUGGGAACGUGUGCAUUACAUUAGUCAUGUCAGCACAGCCCAGGCGGUCAGCCAGGAAAAGGAAAAAUUUGCCAAUAGUGGCUGCUGCAUCAGCAAGGAAAAAGGCUAACCAGAGAGUACCUGACACUAUGUCAGUAACUGCACCACAGUUGCCUACAGUUGAUACUGGUACACCAUUCAUAACCGUUACUAGUUCUACUGGUACAUACCCAAUGUUGUUUUCACAGACCGGGGCAGGCAUAUAUACCAGUGCAAGUACAGGGCCAGUCGAUUUGACAAGCACAGCUAAUACCCUUUUAUACUCAAGAGUACCACUACCAGACCAAAGAGUGUGCAACACUGUAACCAGUCAAGAUCCUCCAGAACAUUCCUUAGGUAAUACUAAUGGUGCCUCAAGUUUUACAAUGCCAUUUAGUACUUUUGAUCACCCUAUUCAGAUACCCAGCAUGCAUGCUAAUAUUGCUUUUAAUGUUUCUCAAAGUAUUAGAGAAAAAAUUCAGAAAAGUGAAUUUAUUGAUUUAGGCAUUUUGUUGAUUAACAAUACUCAGCAGGCUACACAAAAGCUUGUUUUUAGAGGGGGUGAAUUUAUUGUGCAAACAGAAAAUAUGCAAAACAAAAUUGGGUCUAUUGACCAAUGGACAUCAGCAUUUAUCAUUUUUGUUAGUGUAUAUUGUACUGUGCAUUCAGGUAGAUUACAAGAUUUACUUAAAUACAUGUCAGUUGUACGUUUGGGUGCAAAAAGAAAUCCUAAUAAUUUAGGUUGGAAGUUAUAUGAUGAACAAUUUAGGUUGCGCAAAACACUGGAUCCGGCAAGUUCAUGGGCUAUAGUAGAUCCAGAGCUUUGGUUAUUAUAUAUGGCUGAUAGUAUUGGCACACAAAAUUUGGAAGUAGUUUCUUCUGGUUACAAUACAUUUUCUGCUAAUAGAAAUGUGAAUAAAACGUCCAAGUGCUAUGCCUUUAAUUAUAACGGCAAAUGUUUCAAUUCAUUUUGUCAAUAUAGUCAUGCAUGUAUACAAUGUCAUGGUGUUCACUCAGUUAUAAACUGUCAUUUCACGCAAAAUAAUUUGCCUUCACAAAUAAGACCAAAUCAACAGCCAGAACAACCCCAGCAGGGAUACCAGAAGAUUUAAACAUAAAUUUCAUACUAUAAUUGGGUCCCUUAUAGUUAGUUCAGUUGCCCAAAGUACCUAAACAACACAUCAAAGAGGUGUAUUGUCCUUUAAUGAGUUCAGAAAAUUGUUUGGUUUAUAAAAUGUAUGGCCAAUACCUUUGUAUGAAUUGUGCAAUUUUAUAGCAUAUUUUCUAUUAAGUGUUAUUUAGCAGGGAUAAGUUUUUUCAGUAGAUUGAAUGUCUUGGGCGAUUUUACUCACAUUUAUUAUAAAAAAUGAUGGAGGGAGUUAACCGGUCAAGGCCAAAAUUAGGGAUUCAAGAUUGCCUAUUACCAAAGAAUUACUUCUAUUAAUAGUUAAAAUUCUAUUGUUUAUUUGUUCCUCCAGUUAUGCAGUUAAGUUGUUUAAACUAAAGGUUGUUUUAAGAUCCUCCAGUCCCAAAUUUCUAGUCGUACAUGUAGGUGCUAAUGAUUUAGGGAAUAUUAAAACUGAAGACCUAAGAGAAAAGUUGAUACAAGCUAUGACCUUUAUUUCAAAGGACUUGCCUGACACUAAAAUUGUGUGGUCCCAAAUGCUGCCUCGUUUAAACGGAGAUAUUCUAAAGUGUAGAUACAGCCUAUUACAGGGUUAAUAAGACAGUAGCUAACUAUAUAUUGGAAUCGGGUGGUUAUUGUUUAAUAUGCUAUCCAGACAUUUCUAGGACUGAAACAUGUAUAAAUCUGAUGGGGUGCAUUUGUCUGUCAUAGGAAAUAACAAUUUUUUUCAAGGUGGUCUUUAGUUUUUCAUGCAUAAAACCAAUGGUCAUGUUUUCCCCUCUACUGAUAUAUAAGUAUGAAAUAUGUUGUUUUGUUUUGUGUUUUUGUCUCAGUGAUAUAAAUAUAAUAUUGUUACCUAAGACAAACUUUGUAUAAUUGAUCUUGUGUGUAAAUUUUUACUGUAGAUAUAUACAGUUUUUUACGAUUUAUUGAGCAACUUUACUAGUAGUUACAUGUAACUUGAAAGCUUUCUUUGAUUUUUUUGUGGAUGUAUUUGGCUCACAGCUUGGCAGCGAACCUCCAUUAUAUGGCGGUUGACAAUGAAUCAUUAUUCUGUUUCACUGUCAAUCUGGCAUAAUUCGCUGCAUCAAAAAACAUUUUGUUUUAUGAAUAGGAUCAUUUACUACAGAUCUAGAUGAACAAUGUAAGGGUUCCGAUCCAUCACCUGUGUUCCCACGGUGAUUUCCAAAUUGUUUUAAUCCUAUCUUCAGUUACCAUUAUCUGUGGUAGUAAUUUAUAUAUAUAUAUAUAUGACAGUACGGUUGCCAUAAUCAGCAAUAUGCGGGUAACCUCAUUUUUCAGUUAUAUACAACAUGUAUAAAUUAUGAGAAUAAUAAUAUUAAAGGCUGUGGCCAAAUACUGCCAA